GAAGUCAUUCCAGAGGGUAUUUACUUUUGGGAAAUGUGUCAAAAUUUGUAAAAUGUAUCUUUGGGAAUCGGUUGGCCCAAAGCAGCUGCAGCUAGAACAUGAAUGGUCCAGAGAAAGAGGAGGCGCCACAGGAGCCGGCACGAAGCGAACCCGACCCCACCGAGGGGCAGCAUGUGACGGAGGACGGAAAAGAGACUUCGAUAAUGGUAGAGGAGGUGCAGAAAGUAGAGCAGGAUCAACAGCCGUUGAGGAGGAACGUGUCCAUGGCAACGGGGACCAGGGACGAUCCAUUCCCAUCGAGAAGAAAGCACAAAAAGAAAGAAGAGGAGCUGAAGGGGAAGGCGGAUGAGUCAGUACCCUUGGCGAAAAGGACCUAUCCCAACGCCGACGAGGAUGACGAGGAGAACGAGGACGACGAGGACGAGAACGCGAAUGAGGUGCUUGUGAAGGAAGAUGUGUACGAGCGGAGAAGGAGCGAGAAGGAGCUGCCAAACAGUCGGAGAAAUUCGCUUGUGAGAACUUCUCAGAAGAGCAAUGUGACUAUGGCCGAUUCUACGUCCACAGAGGAUAUGGAACCCACACCGAAGAGAAUGACAAGUGAUUCGUUUUAUCAAUGGCAAAGGGCGUCCUCAAUCUCGAUGCCGGUGAUGGAGAGCUGUGCGGAGGGGUUUUUCAUGUGUUCUAGCUGACGGGCUUCAUAGUGA